UGUCCCGCCCACUUUGUCUCAUGUAUCGGUCCAGUUAGCACUGUUAUUUCAACCGUUGGCCUAAAAAGCUUUAUAACCUCACAGCGUAUUAUGUGAGUCAUAUAUAAAAGCAAAUCGGAAGCAUUUAAAGCUUUUUGUUAGUCUAGUUAAAAUUAUUUAAAGAACUGUUAUCGACAGCUGAACAGCUAAACUAAAAGUUUUAGCCGCGGCGUUUGCCAGCCCUGCAAUCUGACCACAAGUCACUGAACCCGGCGUGAGACCCGCUCAUGGACCGUCCUGUAUCUGUGGAGCAUUAUAAAGCAGGCAUGCUGCUCAGCGGCGUAGGAGAUGCGAUUGGUUACAGGAAUCAGCUGUGGGAAUACAACCAGUCUGGCCCUGCCAUCCACCAGGAACUACAAGAGCUUGGAGGGCUUAAAAACAUCUGUGCGGAACUACCUGAUUGGCCUGUUAGUGAUGACACGGUACUUCACCUGGCAACCGCUGAGGCCCUGGCAACAGGAAAAGAAGGUGAGGAGUUACUGCACGAGGUUGCUUUUGGUUAUGUAAAGGCAAUGAAGGACAUGGAAGGAAGAAAGCCUGGACCAUCCAGCAUUCUGGGUGUUUCUCAGUUACGGCCGGGCAUUGAAGGGGGUUUCAGGAUUCCCUACAAUCCAGAGGGGACGGGUUGUGGGGCAGCAAUGAGGUCAAUGUGCAUCGGCCUCAGAUAUCCUCAUCCUGAGCAACUGUCCUCACUGGUUGCAGUGGCUGUGGAGACAGGAAGAAUGACUCAUCCUCAUCCAACUGGAUUUCUUGGUGCUGUGGCUUCAGCCUUGUUCACCGCUUAUGCAGUCCAGCGCAGACCAAUCAUGACUUGGGGUCUGGGUUUGUUGGAGGAGGCUUGUCCUGUAGCAAAGAAAUUUAUACAAUCUACAGGAUAUGCUGUUACUGAGACCGAGAAGGACUGGGACUACUUCACUGAGAAAUGGAAAUGGUACUUGAAUCUCAGAGCACUGUCUUCUGGGACUGGACCAGUAAACUGGCCAGACCAGUAUGGGCCAGCUGAACGAGAUGAGGUCUACAAAAGCUUUAGCCUAUCAGGGUGGGCUGGUCGUAGUGGUCACGAUGCUCCGAUGAUAGCUCUGGAUUCUCUUUUGGGGGCCGGCUCAAAGUGGGAGGAACUCAUGGGACGAGCCGGAUUUCAUGGAGGAGACAGUGACAGUACUGCAGUGAUCGCCUGCUGCUGUUGGGGUCUGCUGUAUGGAAAAGAUGGAGUGCCCGAGUGUAACUAUAGAAACCUGGAAUACAGGGACCGACUGGAAAGCACAGCACAAAAGCUUUAUGCUCUUUCUUGCAGAUAAAGAAGCUAACUAGCUUAGGAAAACAAACUGAUAUAAAAACUGAAAAGAGUACAGUAAUAAGGAUUGGCAAUCAGGAUGACUCCCAGAUAUUAUUGAGAUAAGUUGCUUUGCAAAAUCACUUCCAGAAAAUUCUUUGAAUUAAAUUAAUGCAAUCAUUUUAUGUUCUUAUUAUAUUUAAUGCUAAACUUAAAUAUUACGGCAUAUAGUUAAAUUUAAAUCUCAUUGGUUCUUUUAUUUCUUGUGAUUAUUGUCAUUUGGUAUUUGGUAAUGAGACACGCAAGAACCAGUGAGAUUUGAAGUUCCUGGCAUGCCAUAUGUUCUUUUAGCAUUAAUGUGAUUGUUUUGCUGUCAGCAUAAACUGUUCUUUAGAUUUAAUUUGUGACCAAUAUUUACUGUAACUUUAGUAAAAUAUAAAAAA